AUGGGAUUUUGGUCAUUCUUUUGGAGAAGGAAGACAUCUAAGAGUGACCAACAACAACACCCCGGCCUGGUUCAAGAGAAGAUGGCACAAGCUGCGGAAGGCAGAUCUGAGAGAAAAGUCGAAGGUGGGGAUGAGAAGGCGUCCCGUACCAACAGCAAGCGACGCCGCAUGGGUAAAUCGACAACUGUGUCGCAGUCAUCCUCUUCUGGCCUAAGAGAAUCGAUGGCAACCCCGUCUUCUGCUCAGCCAACCAUGAGCAGCUCAGGGUACACUCCCGCCGACUCGAUCACUCAAGCAGAAAUGAAGGAGCUGGACGUUGCCGCUGGCGAACGUCGGGGGUAUCAGCACAAUCCGAAAUCUAGCAUCAGCGUCGAGCAGGAGCAUUUCACCGCAGCUGGAACACCCACGCUUCAUGCUAAACGCGGCGACAGGGACACACCCGUUCCACGCCGCAAAUCCAGUAAAAGAAAAGCCGAGGAACAAGCGCGAGAACGAGAACUCCGCGCCAUGAGCUCACCCGUUCCAACAUCAAAAAGACCAACCUCUUAUUCUGCUGACAGCCCACUACGACGAGAUACCCAGAAAGCACCUAAUCGGCUUCGCAAGCAUACUGACCGAUAUACUUCGGAGAUCUCUCUUCCAAUCCCAGAGUCGUUAUCGGAUUUCGGCAUUACAUCAAACCAGACUUCCUUCAAGAUUAGUGGACUAGAUGUCCUGAGACCUAGACCCACUGUUCGACAUAGCGCAAAUCUUCACCACGCGGCGUUGAAGAGCCAGAAGUUCGCUGGAAACAGCGUAGGGCCGGUGAUCGCCGAAGAAGACUACUCCUCUAGGAGAAGGAUAGAGGAUCUUGCAGAUGGCCUCGACGCGAGGGCUCUGCGCGAGUUGAUGGAAAGAGAUCAGCGUCGACGUGAGAGGAAGCGGAAAACUGAUCAUUCGAAGUUGGAACAAAAGCUCAAAAGAACAGCCGAAAAUGAAAAAGGACAGGAAGCUCGGAUCACAGAUCAGAGCAAAGCUGAAGAACAGAGUAAAGAAGCUGGUCCAGCGCUUGCUACCUCUCCUGCUUCACCGCAUACAAGAGACGAGGGCAAAGUUAUCCAGAGUGACCCGUUUUCUGAUGACAACAUGAUAGCGCCUGAGCUGCCAGUGCCACCUAGACUCCGGCCUGGAAGCUCCAUUUAUACUCGCAACUCGCAAGCAAGCUUGUCACCUCCAAAUUCUCCAAUCCAUCGGGCAUUUGAUGGUGCGAGCAUGUCGCAGACAUCAGGCCUACAUCGAGAAGCUACACCAGACAUUGUAGAUCCGGCCGAGCCCAGCCAAAGGGCCUCUGAACAAAGCAAUGUACAGUUGGGCUCAUGGACUUCUUUCUUCAAACGGGGUGGGACACGUGGGAAGAGGAGCUCUGUCGAUUAUGGAAGGUAUAUGUCUGGCGAAUUCUCCAACACCUCACGCGAUUCUGUUUCGCGGACGCAGCCCCAAACUUCUCUGGUCGGAGCGCCGCGGACCUUCCAAAGAUCUGGUACCCCACAGAGGACGCAGUCAAAGUUCAGAGAGGAUUUGCCAGAAUUGCCAUUGUCACCUCCGGACUCCAGGGUACACUCGCCAGAGGCUGGAACCGGGCCACUCAUAGUAUCUGCUCCUUUCGAACAGGUUGACUCUGACCCCAAUACCAGCAGGCUUCUUGCAAAUAGCUUAACCAGCGCAAACUUUGACCGGAACCCGCGAAGUGGCCAGGCCAUGCAACCGCAAGCGAAUGAGCCUCAAACACCGCCUCCAGCGGCUGCCGCCCUAUCGACAUCGCUUGCCUCCGUCGACUCAGAGGCUUCUUGGCUUUCUGGAAAAGCAGCCAAGAGAUCAUCCUAUCAGCGUGACCAUCCUCUGCGCCAGAGCCAGUCAUCUUUGCACCCGCAGAUCUUCGAGCCGGACGUAGGGGAAGAAGUAGAUGUUGCUAACGAUCCUUACUUUAGCCGACUGAGCCCAGGUGAAGUGGAGAGGCGCAGGUCUUCGCCAAAUUCCGCCCUACGAAAAGCAAGCAGUACCGCACUCAAUAUUGGGAGCGAUAGCGACUCAGAAGGCGAGCAGCCGGUACCACCGAUGCCAGACACGAGCCAAGAGCGAUGGCACUCGGGGGUAGGGCGCCAGCCAACGUUGAUCCGGCAAGCAGCUCAAGCUAGGUCUAAGGAAGGACUUCUCAAGGAGUACCAAGCUACAGACGUGGAAAGCGGUGGUGUGGAAGACGAGGCAUCGGACCUUGAGUCACCCGAUAUCGAGGAUCCAGAUCUGCAGGCUUCAAGUUCACCUAUUCUCCGCGCACAGAGCAUCAAUUUUAGUGCAGGUCACAUCCGCCAUAUCAGCGCGGGAAGUGCAAAACUCCUCGAGAUACGUCGUUCAUCGAUUGACUCCAAGCGUCAAAGUCUACCACGCACUGAACGGUCUUCUACCCCGAUUCGAAGCACCACACUGAAAAUGGAGGAAUAG